UUUCUCUUCUUUCUCAGCCAUUAAUAAAGAAAUAAAAAUACAGCCACCUAAAAAUGAGUUCAUUUUUUUUGCAGAGUUCAUAAAGAAUCAAACCACUCCUGUUACCAGUCUGUUCUUCGCUGGAUACUACUCUCUUUCCUCGAGUACACAGUUUCUCAUAUUAGUUUAUUUAAAAAAAAAAAAGAAAACUCAAAAUCUGAGUUUUCGGUUUCUUGAUCUAUUGAUUAAGCUCUGAUUCUCAACUCUAGCCCUUUCAUGGGACCGUUAUCUCUCCUCAAUCCCUUGUCUUAAAAAAAAAGUUUUCUUCAAAGAUGGGUGUUGGAAAGUUCGGAACUUUCAUCUUCCUUUCAACAAUUACGUGCUUGAUUUGCAUCUGCCAUGGAUUCACACCUCAAGACAAUUACUUGAUCAACUGCGGCUCGCCGGCCAAUUCGACCCUAACGGAUCGAGUCUUCAUCUCCGAUAAGCUCGCCUCCAACUUCCUCACCUCCUCUCCCAAAUCCGAGAUCCUCGCUACUCAAAGCAGCUCCUCCUCCGACGUUUACCAGACGGCGAGAGUCUUCACCGGAGUCGCUAGCUACAAAUUCCCCAUCGCAGCUCGUGGCCGUCACUGGGUCCGUCUCCAUUUCAACCCGUUCACCUACCAAACCUACCAAAUGGGCUCAGCCAAGUUCGCGGUCUCGUCGCAGGCCCACGUCUUCUUGAGCGAUUUCACAGUCAACGGUUCCAGAGUCGUGAAAGAGUACUCUCUCAAUGUAGACACCGACGAUCUCCUCCUCACGUUCACUCCCUCCGCUGGUUCGUUGGCGUUUGUGAACGCUAUCGAGGUCGUCUCCGUCCCCGACUCCCUGAUCGCUUCUUCCCCUCCUCCCAAGCUCGUAGGCGGGUCGGGGACGUUUCAGGAGAGCCUGUCAACGCAGGCUUUCGAGACCGUUCACAGACUGAACAUGGGCGGUUCGCUUGUCACGCCAAACAACGACACUCUCACCAGAACCUGGCAGCCCGAUUCGAGUUUCCUUCUCUCGAAGAAUCUAGCCAACACCGUGUCCAAGAUCCCCUCGGUUAAAUUCGUUCCGGGCUAUGCCACCGAGGAAACCGCGCCGAGCACCGUGUACGGUACUUGCACCGAGAUGAGCAACUCUUCAGGCGACCCGACCAGCAACUUCAACGUCACGUGGGAGUUCGACGUCGAUCCUGGCUUUCAGUACUAUCUACGCUUCCAUUUCUGCGACAUCGUCAGCGUAUCUCUCAACCAGCUGUAUUUCAAUCUCUACGUCGACUCCAUGCUCGCCGCUAUGGAUGUCGAUCUCAGCACUUACGUGAACACGCUGGCCGGUGCCUACAGCAUGGACUUCGUCACUCCCUCGCCGAAAGGGAGUGCUAAAAUCCGCGUCAGCAUUGGUCCGUCGAACGUCCACGCCGAUUUUCCCAACGGUAUUGUGAACGGUUUGGAGAUCAUGAAGAUGAAUAACUCUCGAGGCCAGCUAAGCGCCGGGACGUUUGUUCCCGGCGGUAGCGGUUCGAGUGCUGGUCAUAAGAGUUUGGGAUUGAUUGUCGGCGCGGCCGUCGGUGGCGCGCUGCUCGCGUUACUCCUGCUGGGAGGUUGUUUUGUGAUCGGUAAGAAGCGGAGAGGCCGCAGAGGCGGGGAGGACGGUCAUUCGAAGACGUGGAUGCCGUUUUCGAUGUCGGUUGGGAGCAAAGUCUCGUAUGGAACCACGCUGACGAGCAUAACGACCAAUGCCAACUACCGUAUCCCCUUUGUAACGGUCAAAGAAGCUACGAACAACUUCGACGAGAGUCGAAACAUCGGCGUGGGGGGUUUCGGUAAAGUCUACAAAGGAGAGCUUAACGACGGCACGAGAGUUGCUGUGAAAAGAGGAAACCCGAAGUCUCAGCAAGGGCUGGCGGAGUUCAGGACGGAGAUCGAGAUGUUGUCGCAGUUUCGUCACCGGCAUUUGGUGUCUCUGAUCGGUUACUGCGACGAGAACAGCGAGAUGAUAUUGGUGUACGAGUAUAUGGAGAAUGGAACGGUCAAGAGUCAUCUCUACGGGUCGGGUCUCCCGAGCUUGACUUGGAAGCAACGGCUCGAGAUCUGCAUUGGCGCGGCGAGAGGGUUGCAUUACCUUCACACCGGUGACUCGAAACCUGUCAUUCACAGAGACGUGAAGUCCGCUAACAUAUUGCUUGACGAGAACUUCAUGGCUAAGGUUGCGGAUUUCGGACUGUCGAAGACGGGACCUGAGCUUGAUCAGACUCAUGUGAGUACCGCUGUGAAAGGUAGUUUCGGGUAUCUAGACCCGGAGUACUUCAGAAGGCAGCAGCUCACUGAGAAAUCAGAUGUUUACUCCUUUGGUGUCGUUCUAUUCGAGGUUCUUUGCGCUAGACCUGUUAUAGACCCGACGCUUCCGAGAGAGAUGGUGAAUCUCGCGGAGUGGGCGAUGAAGUGGCAGAAGAAAGGGCAGUUGGAUCAGAUCAUUGACCAGUCGCUCCGCGGAAGCAUCAGACCAGAUUCGUUGAGGAAGUUUGCUGAGACGGGGGAGAAAUGUUUGGCUGAUUAUGGAGUGGAUAGGCCGUCUAUGGGAGACGUGCUGUGGAAUCUUGAGUACGCUCUGCAGCUGCAAGAAGCGGUCAUAGACGGUGAGCCGGAAGAUAACAGCACGAAUAUGAUUGGAGAGUUGCCUCCGCAGAUCAACAAUUUCAGUCAGGGGGACUCGAGCGUUAACGUUCCUGGAACCAACGGACGGUUUGAGGAAUCGAGCAUUGAUGAUCUCUCUGGUGUUUCCAUGAGUAAAGUGUUCUCUCAACUUGUGAAAUCCGAAGGAAGAUGAUGAGAUUGGUGAGGCAGUUGAUGAUAAUGCCCAUAAAUGAGAAAAGAUCUGAUAUAUUGUAAACAGGAAACAUGUAAUGAGGAGAAGAAGCAUCAGGUGUUUUGUCUGCUCGAGCUGUUUCUUCUGCGGAUUUUUCAUCAGUAAUGAACUAAUGAUACAAAUAGUUUGAAAUGUUUCCUCUUUUAUUCUCUCUUCCCCUCCUCUUUGAGUUUGUAUUCUCUUUUGAAGUUGUCUGAUAUCUGUUUCUUCUUUGUUUCUAAGUAUGUUUCAACACUCUUGUUGCUUCAGUUGUACUAUAUGUUUAGAAGUGUUUUUGAGCUUAUUAGUUCUGCAUGUUCUUGUUUGGGUUU